GCUGACCUCUUGCUUGCCCUGCUCCUGUCGCCCCUGCCCGUCCCAGCCGAGGUCGUCGCUGGCCACGGCAAAAAAGCGCAUAUAUCCGGCGGCCUGCAGUGCCGGCCCGUGCUCUUCGCCGUCUUAUCGCAUUCGCUUGUCUAUCCGUCUGUCCGCCGUGUCUGCUCCACAUUGCUCUGCGUUGCCAGCGCCCAUAGCCCUCCCGUUCCCACCCGGCUCUGCACUUCCGUCUGCUUCCCCACGCAGCCAGAUCGGCCCUGUUCUCUUGGCCAUUCCCAGUUUCGAGCCCCAUCCCAUCGGUCUCAUAGCCCACCUCACCCGCUGCCUGUCCCUUCUCGCUCGCCAUCAUGUUCAAGGCUCUCAAGUCCCUGGGCGGCAAGGCCCUGGCCGUCAAGUACUCCUUUGACCGCGCCAGCCCGACCGAUGCCGACACCAUCCUCCUCGACGAGCACGAGCACGAGCUCUGCGGCACCAUCACCCUCAACAACGACUCCACAAAGCCCUCACAUAUCUCCAAGCUGGAAGUCAUUCUCUCCGUGGGCUGCGACUACCAGCUCUUCAGCUCGCUCUACCCGACCAUGGGCGAGUCUCUCACAAGCGACACCCGCAAGCUGCCCGGCGGCUCGUUCCACUCCAACGUCAUCUUCAAGGCAGAGCUCCCCCUGAGACUUGGGUUCGAAGCCGAUCCCGGGCUCUCAAAAAUACCCUUCCGUGUCAAGCUCCCCGACGACUUGCCACCCACCUACGCAUCCAAGAAUCCGCUCCAUGACAUUUCGUACAUGUUUUUUGUCUGCCUCUACAAGGGUGGCUCCGAACCCGCCAUCACCAAAGAGUCCAAGCUGACGGUUCGCCGGACCGUCUGCUUUGAUGCCGUCGCCCAAAAGACGGUUGAGAAUCCCUCGCGGAAUGAGGCGGGAGGUAUCUGCUACCAAGUCACUCUUCCCUCUGUCGUCUCCACCGCCGUCGACUUUUUCACCGUCAAUGUCGACUUUCGAGGUACCCAGGGCAUGAUUAUCGAUUCCCGAGCGGCCAAGGCCCAGCUGGUAGAGUGCUUCGACAGCGGAACCAAAGUAGUCGAGAAGGAAAUCUCUCCCUGGAUCCGUGCGUUCGAGUCAGACUCGCGCUCCAUCAACUCGGGCGACUCCUUCUCUACCUCGGGCGUUAUCUACCUGUCACCAGUGUACUUCAACAUCCCGAUCUCUGGCGCCCAAGCCAGCUUCCAAUCCAAGAGACGAAGUCUCAACCACAAGAUCAAGCUCUCGAUCGAGAAGAAGCUCGAUCUCGAGAUCCCAGUGGUGCUCGGCCACCCUGGGGCGGGCAAGAAGCCCGAGCCCGAGCGCCAAAUCCCCGAUAGCGCGAGCGCACGAAUCCAGCAGCGUCGCCAGGCGCCGGAAACAACAUGGGAAAUCACCGGUCCCUACUAUCCAGUCUUGGACGAUGAGCUCGCAGUGAUGCCGGGAGACCGUGUCCUUGUCGAGCAAACCUUCCCCGAUGGCUGGGCGAUGGCCAAACAUUGCUUGUUGAACCGGCGUGGCAUCAUCCCCAUGUCCGUCAUCGGGCAGUCCAACACCAUCGGCGUUGCCUUGAACCCCAUUCCAACCGGCCCUCGGUCUGUAUCCCUGGCAGUAUCCCUGGCAGAUCGCUCAGACACGGGCUCAAACUAUCCCGCUAGCGUCUACUCAGACGGAUCAAACAGCAACAGUGCCCGUCGCAUGGAUCAGCGCAGCAUCCGCUCCGCUGUUGAUAUGGCGCCACCGCAGGCGCCUACCCAAGCCUCGCACCGCAGUGGGUAUGAGGACCGCUCGCUCUACUCUCCCGUUCACGACGAGAGGAGCCAGGCGGAUGAUCCGCCUUUGUAUGAGCCACCGCGCUUGAACUCGGUCGACAGCACUGGCGAUCAGAGCUCGCUCAAGUACAGGUGCGUGGCAAACUAUGCUCGACGAAUGGAGGACGAGAUCAACAUCAAUGCCGGUGACAUUAUUACCGUCAUUUCUCAGCUGGGUGAUGGCUGGGCCAAUGGCUUCAACCACAACUCUCGGCUUUCGGGUGUAUUUCCGAUCCAGAACUGCGUCGUUCUCGAGUCUGUGCCUCCUGUCUUCCCCGCCUCAGCUAUCCAGGGCUUUGUGCAAGGCUACGGCAACUCUCAGAUGCGAGCCAUGACACCCGUGCGUGGCGACCAGCGAGACAUGCAGUAUGCUACGAACGAAAUGCCCGAGGCCGCCUUUGGUCACAACGACCCUCGCUAUGUCGCCACCGAUCUGAGGCAUCAUCAGCCACAGGAUCUGCGAUAUGUGCAGAGCGACCCGCGCCAGACCAACGGAGUGCACGGAUACAACAUCAGCGACUAUCGCGCGGGAAUGCCCGACAUCAAGCCGGUGCCCAAUGAGCUCCGAUCCAUGGCCUCCUACACUUAUAUGAAUAACGCCGUGCGCGGCGUGCCGCCAGCCAUGCAUCCCCAAGAUGUCAAGGUUCCGCUUUCAAGACCCUCGAUGGACCAACCUCCGCCCAGGAUGAGAUCGAUGGGCACCCCGACAGGAGCGACGUUCCCUGCGCCGUAUCCCAACGGAUUCCAGACCCAGCCCGACGACGGCGCGCACUAUCGAGCCAAUCCCAUCACUCCGCCUCGCAUGAAUAUGCCCCAGCCGUUCGACCGCCGCGUGACUGGAUCCUCGACCUAUAGUGCCAACUCGGACAUGUCCUCUCCCCAGACUCUGGUUCCCACACCGAUUCAUGGCGCCUUCUCACAGCGGGACAGCGUGCAAAGCGACGGCACAACUCGCGUGGACUCGCUCGAUGGCAGCUAUGGAAAGCCGUCGCCCGUGCUUGGCCAGAUGCCUAGGCAGCUCUCGAAUCAGGGCCGGUCCGUCAUGGCCACCAACAAUUCGACGACGCCCAACCGCGCUCCGCCUGUUGCCAAGACUGUCUCGACCAAUAGUUCCAAGGCUGCGAUGAACGAGAUCGUCGACGAGCUGGAUGAAAUGGUUGCUCAAAUGAGACUCAAGAAUACCUCGCGCACGGUUGCCCGCGAGGCCGAUGAAACAAGCGUCAAGUCAAGCGAUCCCGCCAUUCCAAGGCACCUGGUGGCCAUGCCCCUGCCACCCCUGCCCCCUCCUGAUGCAAUGAGCCCGAAGAUGGAAACAGGCUCCGACCAAGCCGCUGAAGCUGCAGAGGCCCCGAAUGCUGCUGCGAGCGAAAAUUCGACUUUGAUCGAGCUGGAUGAGAUGCUGCUCACCGGAAAGAUCAAUGCCGCAGAGUACCUGCAGCGUCGCAAGUGCCUGGAGGUACCCGCCAACUAGGACGAUCUGCAACUGUGGGCUCGGCCAAAGGCAGCGGACACAGUGAGCCUGAACAAGAACCGGAACCAGAACCAGAACCGGAGCCGGAACCAGAGCCAGAAUCACCCCUGUCUAUCAAAAACAAUUCUCUUCCUCUUCCUCUCCAGAAAGUGCUUCAUCAAUGUUACUGAGUCGAAUCUCUUACCUCGUUUGUGUCUCUCUAUCCAACUAUACGCUCUAUGUCGCUCCUUCACCGCCGCCAGACCGGCUUGUGGCGCUCCUGUGCCGGUGUCGUUUGACACAGCUUUUACCUCCACAUUCCUUUUGCUAUUGUCUGAGUUCUAUCGAUAUCGCUGUUUGUUGGCAUGUGCAUGGCCACUGGUGAUUGUGGAGCGUCGAGAUUUGCUGUUCCUGGGUCGGCAAUCGGGCCAGUCGCAGCAACGACAUCCACCAAAGUUUGAAUAGCAGUCUCGUGUUCCA